AUGUGCAUCCUUGCUGCCUGCUGGGGGGGGCACGCGCCUCCUUACUGCCCUUGGUGCAGCCCAGCCUCUGCAGUGGAGGGAGCCAGUGAGCCAAGGGCCCCCCCACUCCCUCCUGCUGCCCCACCCCAGGCUACAGGUGUGGCCUGCUCCCUGCUGGGACAGCUGGCAGGGCUGCCCCAGGACCCAGUCAGACCGAAGGUGCUUCGAGUCUUGAGGAGGGGGGAGAGGACCCCGAGCACUGGCAGGGUUCCUGCUGCUACAGAUGGGAUGUUUUGGCUACAAAAAUGCAAGAUGAGCCCCAGGCUGGGGUCUUUCAUGGCGGGCAUUUUCACCAUCUUCCUCACCAUCCAGUCCCUCAUUCUCGACUUGAACCAGACGUCUUCCUUCGGGAAGGAUCCCAACAAAUUCAACAUCUACAAGGAGCUCCGUGGAGUGGUCUUCUGGGCUUUCAGUCACAAGAAUAAUAUCACCAUCUUCCUGUCCAUCACCACGCUCCUGGCUAGCUGCUUCCUCCUCUACUCUGUGCACAUGAAACUCUACCUGGGCCUCUUCAUCUACAUCCUCUGGAUCAUCACUUACGAAAUCACCUGCUUCUCCCUAAUCCUGCUCAUCUCUCAGGCCAUCCAGCCUCCCUUUCUGCCAAUAAAGCACUUCCUGUGGAUUAACCAAAUUUCCCGCAUGAUCCUCCAGGCCUUCUGGCUACCCUUUGUCAUGACCUAUGCCUAUAGUCUCUUUAAGGGCCCAAAUCACUUGGCCAAGAAGAGUCCCCGUACCAAAAAGGAGUAUGACACUGCAUCAGAGUACUGGUCCCAUAUAGGUAUAAUGCCCUAUGAACAAAAGCUCACCUGAUCUUUGUUAGGAGAAAGGAAGAGAGGGAAUCCAACCCUGGAUUUCCAGGUCUCCCUACUUCCUACCCUCUAAUCCCUGAUCCUGAUGCUGAUUUUUUUUAACUAAAAGUAAAUAAAUUUAUUCAUAAAAUAAAAAAGUUAGUUUUAGUUAGUUGCUAAAAUAUGUACAGUAAUCCCCAAAAGGUGAAUUGUUUUAUUUCUUUUCCAUGUGAGAACCCAUCUAUUCUGAUGCUGAUUCUAGUUCCAAGUUACUGAGGAUCCUUUUAUUUUUUCCAAGUAAGAUUUUGUUCCGCAGGCAAAAUGUGAGGGGAAGGGGGGAAAUGUGGAGAGCAAGAGUGUGCUUGGACUGCUUGUUAUCUGUAUCUACUCA